CAGCGCGACCUUCAGCGGCUUGGCCGAGCCUGAGCACGUUGAUGACUCGGACUGCAGGAGGCACAGCUAGGCCACCUUGGCCCCGUCGUCUGUUUAUUUUAUUGUAUUAUUCCAUUACCUCUUUAUCAGCUGAACACUUGUUUAAACCAGUUGCACUGAGGAGUCUCCUCUGAGGUCGUACUGAGCUAACGAUGUCAGUCACGGAGAUGUUCAGCUACAUCCAAGGGUUUCUAAGUGCCGACCAAGACAUCCGCGAGGACAUAAGGAAAGUUGUCCAAGUGCUCGAGCAGACCGCGAGAGAGAUCCUGACUGUUCUUCAAAGUGUCCAUCAGCCAACCGGUUUCAAAGAUAUUCCCAGCAAGUGUCUGAAGGCAAGAGAGCUGUUUUGCACAGUGCAAGCUCAAAUUGCUGACCUGAAAACAAAGUUCCCAGUGGAACAGUACUAUAGGUUUCACGAGCACUGGAGGUUUGUUCUACAGCGCCUCACCUUCCUUGCAGCAUUUGUGGUCUAUUUGGAGAGCGAGUCCUUGGUGACUCGAGAGGAAGUCACAAACAUUCUUGGAACUGAAGUUGACCGAGAAAAAGGCUUUCACUUGGACAUUGAAGAUUAUCUAGCAGGAAUUCUUAUUAUGGCCAGUGAACUGUCCAGGCUGGCCGUCAACAGUGUGACAGCUGGAGAUUAUGGGCGCCCCCUUCGCAUCUCAAAUUUUAUCAACGAACUUGAUUCUGGCUUUCGCCUGCUCAAUCUCAAAAACGACCCGCUACGUAAACGCUACGACGGCCUCAAGUAUGAUGUGAAGAAGAUCGAGGAGGUCGUGUAUGACUUGUCCAUCCGUGGCCUUGCCAAGGAACAAGAGGCAGAGGGUGAUAAGUAAAGGCAGUUGGAUGAACAGAAGAGGCCAUGGGGCUCGGCCCUGGUUGGGAUUCUCCUUGUCCGGGAGAAUGGAGACUUAACCUGCCAGUGGGCGGGCGGGCGGACAAACGGACGGAAGAGAGGAGGGGAUGGAGGUACUGAAGCCCCAGAAGCCUUUGACAGCGAUGUGUGUUUUGAAUGCAGCCGACUGCCGUAGUGGAAGUGCUCGUUUGGGCCUGUUAAAAAGAUAGGAGAUGGUUUGUUUAUCAACACUAUUGAGAGAAGUUUACUUAUGUACAGUUCACCUGUUGUUUGGUUGUAUGUGCCAUUUUGCUGUUAUUGUUUUGUAUUGGUCAUCACAGAUUGUGAAUCGUACUAUAGCCAGACAUCAGACGUAAAGGAAGACAUAAGUCUCUUUUUGGUUAUUUUUAAUAAAUACUUAAGGAGCUUUCCUAAGCAAUACUACUUCCAAAAUGCAUUGAGGUAAUAAUUUUACCUUCAGUGAAUGUAGUGUAGUGUUGAAAUUAAGCCUUUGUUUUUGUCUGACUCGAUUACCUACUUAAGGGGCCAUUAAGGGGAAACUACGUUUUAAACAACCUGAAAAUGCUCUUAAACUUGAGUGUACAUUUUGCUACACUUUCCCUAAUUCACACAAAAGUUGCUGUGAAAGUAAUCAAAUGUGUAGGAAUGCAUAUUUAUGCCAGUGUUCAUAUAUAUACCCGGAUACCUCGAAGACUCAUUAGCAUUGACAUGAAGAAUUUUCAUGCAGUAUUUUUGUGCUGACAGUUUUGGCUGUGCAGUUUUUUAUAGUCUUUUGACUGAAUUACAAGAGCACACUCAGAAGCUCAAAACUAAUUCUUGAAGGUGUCUGUACUUCUGCCUUUUCUCUUCAUUUCAGCCUCUUAUUGAAGUUCCUAAAUUGUUAUUGAUGAUUGGCAUCGUAUCUUUGCAUGUGACAAUAAGACCAGCAGACAGCAUUUAUGUACGUUUUGGAAAAACCCACAGUUUUCAGACUGCUGCAUAUCAGAGUUGUUUCUGUGAUUACCAGGUCUGUUGGUUUCUUGCAAAUGUUUUUCUCUCUCCACCUUGAUGUGUAGCUGUAUAUGUGAGCAUGUUAUUGUUCCAUUCUGUAAAUGUAUGUAUAGGUACUACUUAACUAAGCCCUACAAUAUUUAGUUAUUUCUGAUAGCAGGCCACAGGCGUCGGCAGUAAUGGUAUUCGUGGUUAGAUUGGUUUUUUGGAAGCUGGAACGGUCUCUAUACGAUGUGGUUUAAUUACUGAAGUGAGUUUGGGUUUGAGAUGGUUUUCUUCUUCCCCUCUUGCCAGGAACUGUAAUAUCCUUUUUUUGUUAAUUUUCUGUAAUAAAGUGGACUGCUCACAAAAGCCAUUUUCAGAAAACCAGCAACCAAAGAUCAAUA